AGAGGAUGGGAAGCGGCGGAUGGAAGAAGGAGGGAAGGGGAGGAGAGCAGGCAGCGGAAGUCGGCGGGUCGCUGCUGGUUGGUUCGGCGCCGGUGGAGGGAGUCAUUCCUGCAGCAGUGCUUCCGGUCGGCAUUUUGUUCUGCGAGAGAGAGAGAGUCUGUGUGGAUUCUUUUAUGAGCGCCCAGAAGCCUUUCGGCACCGAAUCUUUUUCUGCCAUCGUCCGGAGUAAAGUGCGAGCUUCCGCGGGCGCCUACGAGAGGAAUGACCGCCUCCAGUCCGUCUUCAUGUUCGCAGUGAGAGGAAGCGGUGCGACCCGGAUUAUUGUUGUGAGAGGGACACAGCGAGCCCGAACCCCUCCACCUUCACCUUUCAACAACAGAGCCUCAGCGAAAGAUGUAAAGGUGGAUCAGUGAGCAGCGACACUGAGCGACCUGUGCAUCCACGCGAGCUCCCUGCCCUUCUUCAGCAUGAAUGGGGAUAUGCCUCAUGUUCCUAUCACCACUCUCGCUGGGAUCGCAAGCCUCACUGACCUGUUAAAUCAGCUGCCUCUCCCUUCCCCUCUACCUGCCACCACCACUAAGAGCCUGCUAUAUAAUGGGAGGAUCGCCGAGGAGGUCAGCUGUCUGCUGUCCCGGCGGGAUGACACACUCGUGUCCCAGCUGGCCCACAGCCUCAACCAGGUGUCCACCGAGCACAUAGAGCUGAAGGACAACUUGGGCAGUGAUGACCCGGAAGGAGAUGUGCCUCUACUGCUACAGACAGUGCUGUCCAGGAACCCCAAUGUCUUCAGGGAGAAAAGUUUAAUGCAACAGCCAAUGAUACCACCGUACAAAAUGCCUCAGAAUUCAAUGCAUGGAAGUCCGGCGUCAAACUACCAGCAAACCACUAUAACUCCGAGCCCUCCCAGCCGAUAUGUUCAACCUCAGGCGGGUUCUGGUACCAGGUACAUGCCCCAGCAGAACAGCCCAGUGCCCAGCCCGUAUGCGCCACAGAGCCCCGCAGGCUACAUGCAGUACAGCCACCCACCCAGCUACCCUCAGCACCAACAGAUCCAGCAAGUAUCCGUAUCCAGUCCGAUAGUUCCUGGUGGCAUGAGGAACAUCCAUGACAACAAGGUCUCCUGUCAAGUGUCGGGCAACUCCAACCAUAAUGCGAGGCAUUGCUCCAACGAUGAGUACAUCAGCAUCGUCCAGAGACUUGGAAAUGAUGAGAGUGACCCCGCUAUGAGAAACGCCUCUUUUCCUGUACGCUCUGUCUGCUCCCCUGCUGGAAGUGAAGGAACUCCGAAAGUUGGAUCUCGGCCGCCCUUGAUUCUUCAGUCUCCUCCACCCUACACCUCCCCAAGAGAUGCUGCUCCUGACCUCCUGUUAGACUCUCCCGAACGGAAAAAGAAGCAGAAAAAGUUAAUGAAAGAUGAGGGGGGUAAAGGUGCCAUGUACGACAUUGUCAGCUCACCCACUAAAGACUCUACAAAGCUAACAAUAAAGUUGUCUCGAGUGAAGUCUUCUGAGACUGAGCAGUCAGCUGAGCCGUUGUCGGCGGUAGAGCAUGGCUCAGAUGCUGAGAAUGAACUAUCGUGCAAUAGCUUACCAUACCACCGGAACCCCCAGGAACGGCUCUCCACAGGACAGUGUCUUUCGGGUGAGCAGUCGGCCUACCAGCAGGUUCCUGUACUACAAAACACUGGGGCACUUGCAGCCAAGCAACCCGGGGUAGUUAGUGGAACCCCCUACGACGAGGCAGAGCUGGAUGCUCUUGCUGAGAUCGAAAGGAUUGAGAGGGAAUCCGCUAUAGAACGAGAACGCUGCUCUAAGGAAGUUCAAGAUAAAGAUAAACCUCUGAAGAAGAGAAAGCAGGAUUCGUACCCUCAGGAACCAGGAGCUGCGGGCACCGCGGGUGCUUCUGGAACACCUGGCGUGGGUGGCGGAUGCAAUGCUGGGAACAAACUGGUACCUCAAGAGGCUUGUGCUGCUAGUAACGGAGCCAGUCGGCCAGCCUUGAUGGUCAGUAUAGACCUGCAGCAGGCGGGCAGGGUGGAAGGGCCAGUGGACUCCUGUCCUGUCCCUGCAACAGAGGCCCAGCGCUGGCCAGAAGAUGGUUCUGAAUCCACCGGGGUCUUGCGGCUUAAAUCAAAGACAGAUGGAGAGGUGCAGAGGACUGUAGAUGGUCGUCCAGAAGUCAUCAAGCAACGGGUGGAAACUACGCCACAGAAAACUGCUUCAGAUGGACGACCAGAGACUCCCAAACACAAGCACGAGAACCGCCGGGAGAUCUCUAACAAAGUCAGUUCAGAAAAGAAAUCGGAUCCCUCCAAGCACAGACUUGACGGUAAACCUGACAAAGUGAGGCCUGAGGGAAAAGGUCAUGAAACUCCCAGAAAACAGGAAGGACGGUCGGAGGCGACUCGAGAGAGCAAAGAGGAAAGGCAAAAAGAUCGGGACAGUGAAGGCUCUAAAGUCCGACGAUCAGACACAUCUAAGUCCAGCCGGGUAGAGCACAACAGGGACGUAGAUCGGGACCAGGAACGGGAAAAAGAAGGGGAAAAUCGGGACAAGGAGCGAGAGAAAGAUCGAGAUAAGGUGCGGGACAAGGAGCAGGAGAAAGAGCGAGAUAAGGUGCGGGACAAGGAGCAGGAAAAAGAGCGAGAUAAGGUGCGGGACAAGGAGCAGGAAAAAGAGCGAGAUAGGGUGCGGGACAAGGAGCAGGAGAAAGAUCGAGAUAAGGUGCGGGACAAGGAUCAGGAGAAAGAUCGAGAUAAGGUGCGGGACAAGGAGCAGGAGAAAGAUCGAGAUAAGGUGCGGGACAAGGAGCAGGAGAAAGAUCGAGAUAAGGUGCGGGACAAGGAGCAGGAGAAAGAUCGAGAUAAGGUGCGGGACAAGGAGCAGGAGAAAGAUCGAGAUAAGGAGCAGGAAAAAGAGCGAGAUAGGGUGCGGGACAAGGAGCAGGAGAAAGAUCGAGAUAAGGUGCGGGACAAGGAUCAGGAGAAAGAUCGAGAUAAGGUGCGGGACAAGGAGCAGGAGAAAGAUCGAGAUAAGGUGCGGGACAAGGAGCAGGAGAAAGAUCGAGAUAAGGUGCGGGACAAGGAGCAGGAGAAAGAUCGAGAUAAGGUGCGGGACAAGGAGCAGGAGAAAGAUCGAGAUAAGGUGCGGGACAAGGAGCAGGAGAAAGAUCGAGACAAGCUGCGAGAGAAAGAUCGGGACAAGCUGCGGGAGAAAGAUAGAGACAAGGUGCGUGUUAAAAAUCGGGACAAGGAGAGGGUAAAGGAACGGGAGAAAGAUCGGGACAAGGAGCGGGUAAAAGAUCGGGACAGGGAACGAGAAAAAGAUCAGGACAAGGAACGGGAGAGGGUCCGGGACAAAGAUCGGGACAAGGAUCGAGACCAAGAAAAGAAACGCCACACAGAAUCAACAGAGGCCCGGGACAAGCGGUCUCCUGAGCAGCGCUCCCGUCCUGACAGUCCACGGGUGAAGCAGGAACCUCGUAGUGGAGCAGAAUCCCGAACAAAACCUGAACGGUCAGUCCACAAAACUCCCAACAACAAAGACGAGAAACGGAGUGGAGACAAGAACCGACUAGAUGGACACAAGCCUCAAUCCUCGGACAGUAAAACGGCAGAAUUUCCCAACUACCUACUGGGGGGAAAAUCGAGUGCAUUAAAGAACUUUGUCAUUCCCAAGUUGAAACGGGACAAAGAUGGUAACGUAAUGCAGGAAAUGCGAAGAGAGCUGUUUUCCGAGCCACUUGUGAAAUUAGAAAAACUGGACCUGGUGGAGGACCUCAAUAAGGGCGCCAAACCUGUUGUUCUUCUGAAGAAACUUUCCAUUGAUGAGGUCCAGAAGUUGAUCAGUAAUUCACGCAGCAAGUCAAGCAAGAGCAGGUCGUCUUAUGGAAAAUUUGGAGAGAUGGAUUCCCGUAUGCCACUGUGUGAGAGGGUGAAAAUGAAUAAACGCCGACGCAGCUCCACUAAUGAGAAGCCCAAGUAUGCUGAAGUCAGCUCAGAUGAUGACAGUAGCUCUGUAGAACUGCCCCCAAAGCGUUCGAAAAAGGACAGAGACAAAACAUGGGAAUAUGAAGAAAAGGACCGAAAGGGUUCUGGAGAUCAUAGACGAAGUGGAGGUCACCAUGACAGCCGGAAAAGUUCAGGCAGUCGAUACAAAGAACGCAGUCCCGUGGAAUCGGAUGACGAUUCACCCCCACCCAAUCUGAGUGAUCUCGCCAGAAGGUUGAAGAAGAAGGAAAAGCAGAAAAAGAGGAAAAGCUACGAGCCCAAACUGACUGAAGAUGAAAUGAUGGACUCCUCCACGUUCAAGAGAUUUUCCACCAGUGUUGACAACAUUCUUGAAAACCUUGAAGAUGUGGACUUGACAUUGUUAGAUGAUGACGAGAUUCCUCAGGAGCUGCUCCUCGGAAAACACCAGCUGUCGGAGUUAAGCAGUGAAUCAGCCAAAAUAAAGGCUAUGGGCAUCAUGCAUAAGAUUCCUUCUGAUAAGAUGGUGAAGGUCCAGAGUAUUUUGGAAAAAAACAUUCAGGAUGGUUCGAAGCUCUCCACCCUCAUGAAUCUUGACAACGACAGGGACGACGAGGAGCGUUUGUGGCGUGACCUCAUCAUGGAACGUGUCACCAAAUCUGCUGAUGCUUGUCUGACGGCUCUUAACAUCAUGACCUCAGCACGAAUGCCGAAGGCCGUUUACAUUGAGGAUGUUAUUGAGAGGGUCGUGCAGUACACCAAGUUCCAUCUACAGAACACGCUGUACCCACAGUACGACCCCGUCUACAGGGUGGACCCUCAUGGCGGUGGAACGCUAAGCUCAAAAGCUAAGCGAGCGAAGUGCUCAACGCACAAACAGAGAGUUACUGUCAUGCUCUACAACAAAGUUUGUGACAUUAUCAUUAACCUGUCUGAACUCUUGGAGAUUCAGCUGUUGACUGACACGACCAUCCUUCAGGUCUCGUCUCUAGGUAUCACUCCAUUCUUUGUUGAGAAUGUGAGUGAGCUACAGCUUUGUGCCAUUAAACUAGUGACGGCUGUGUUUUCCAGAUAUGAGAAACACAGGCAGCUGAUCCUGGAGGAGAUCUUCACCUCUCUUGCCAGACUGCCAACCAGCAAGAGAAACUUGAGAAAUUUCAGACUGAACAGCAGUGACGUGGAUGGGGAGCCCAUGUACAUUCAGAUGGUGACGGCACUAGUUCUGCAGCUCAUUCAGUGUGUGGUCCACCUACCUUCGGAAAAGGACUCUGAUGAUUAUAAUGACAGAAAGGUUGAUAAGGAUGUAUUAAUCACAAACUCAUAUGAGACUGCAAUGAGGACAGCACAAAACUUCCUCUCCGUUUUCCUCAAAAAGUGUGGUAGUAAGCAAGGUGAGGAUGACUACAGGCCACUGUUUGAGAACUUUGUUCAGGAUCUACUGUCCACAGUGAAUAAACCUGAUUGGCCGGCUGCAGAGCUGCUGCUGAGCCUUCUGGGAAGGCUGCUGGUUCACCAAUUCAGUAAUAAGCAGACAGAGAUGGCUUUGAGAGUGGCCUCUUUGGAUUAUCUGGGCACAGUGGCUGCACGUCUUCGUAAAGAUGCUGUCACCAGCAAAAUGGACCAGCGUUCAAUCAACCGCAUCCUCGGAGAGAGCUCAGGUGGCGAUGAGAUUCAGCAGCUGCAGAAAGCUCUGCUGAAUUACCUGAAUGAGAACGUAGAGACUGACCCGUCACUAUUGUUUGCACGAAAGUUCUACAUCGCACAGUGGUUCAGGGACACCAGCACUGAGACGGAGAAAGCCAUGAAAUCACAGAGGGACGACGACUCGUCCGAUGGGCCGCACCAUGCAAAGGACGUCGAGACCACUAGUGAGAUCUUGCAGAAAGCUGAAGCGCGCAAGAAGUUCCUCCGGUCUGUUAUCAAGACCUCGGCAUCGAAAUUCAGCUCACUGAGAAUAAACUCGGAUACUGUCGACUAUGAGGACUCGUGUCUUAUUGUGCGAUAUCUGGCCUCCAUGAGGCCGUUUGCACAGAGCUUUGAUAUUUAUCUCACACAGAUUUUGAGAGUUCUCGGUGAAAGUGCCAUCGCGGUGAGAACUAAAGCGAUGAAAUGUCUUUCUGAAGUGGUUGCGGUGGAUCCGAGCAUUCUGGCACGGUCGGACAUGCAGCGGGGAGUUCAUGGCCGACUGAUGGACAAUUCCACCAGCGUGAGAGAAGCUGCGGUAGAGCUGCUUGGGCGCUUCGUACUGAGUCGACCACAGCUAACUGAACAGUAUUAUGACAUGCUGAUCGAGCGCAUCCUGGACACAGGCAUCAGUGUGAGAAAGAGAGUUAUUAAAAUCCUGCGGGACAUCUGUCUGGAGCAGCCCACCUUCAACAAGAUCACAGAGAUGUGUGUAAAGAUGAUCAGGAGGGUCAAUGACGAAGAAGGCAUCAAGAAAUUGGUUAAUGAGACAUUUCAGAAGCUCUGGUUCACCCCAACACCUAAUCACGAUAAAGAGGCCAUGACUCGCAAGAUUCUCAACAUCACAGACGUGGUCGCUGCAUGCAGGGAUUCCGGCUAUGACUGGUUCGAACAGCUCCUUCAGAAUCUGCUAAAGUCAGAAGAGGAUGCCUCGUACAAACCGGCCAGGAAGGCUUGUGCUCAGCUGGUGGACAGUCUCGUUGAUCAUAUUCUGAAAUACGAGGAGUCUCUCGCAGACUGUGAGAAUAAGGGGUUGACAUCCAAUCGCCUAGUGGCAUGUAUCACCACGCUGUACCUGUUUAGCAAGAUCAGACCCCAUCUGAUGGUGAAACAUGCCAUGACUAUGCAGCCAUACCUGACCACAAAGUGUAAUACUCAGAGUGAUUUUAUGGUGAUCUGUAAUGUGGCUAAAAUCCUGGAGCUCGUUGUUCCUUUGAUGGACCAUCCGAGUGAAAACUUCCUCACCACCAUCGAAGAAGACCUGAUGAAACUCAUCAUCAAAUACGGCAUGACGGUUGUGCAGCACUGCGUGAGUUGUCUUGGUGCGGUUGUCAAUAAGGUCACCCAUAACUACAAGUUUGUGUGGUCUUGUUUCAACCGAUACUAUGGAGCACUAAACAAGCUGAAGCUGCAGCAUCAGGAAGACCCGAACAGCACUGUACUGGUCUCUAAUAAACCUGCACUGCUGCGUUCACUCUUCACUGUGGGUGCCCUGUGCCGACACUUCGACUUUGACCAAGAGGAGUUCAAAGGCAGUAAUAAGGUGGUCAUAAAGGACAAAGUGCUGGAGUUGCUGCUAUAUUUCACUAAAAAUGAGGAUGAGGAGGUGCAGACCAAGGCCAUCAUUGGUCUAGGCUUCCUUCUCAUCCAGCAUCCAGAGCUAAUGUUUGCUUUAGAUGUGAAAAACCUCUACAACUGCCUCCUGGCUGACAGGAAAACGUCAGUGAAUCUGAAGAUCCAGGUGCUAAAGAACCUGCAGACAUACCUGCAGGAGGAAGACUCGCGCAUGCAGGAAGCCGACAGGGAGUGGAAGAAGAUGUCUAAGCAGGAGGACCUGAAGGAGAUGGGUGACAUCUCAUCUGGCAUGAGCAGUUCUAUCAUGCAGCUCUACCUCAAGCAGGUGCUGGAGAGCUUUUUCCACACGCAAUCCAGCGUAAGGCACUUUGCCCUCAAUGUAAUCGCCCUGACGCUCAGCCAAGGCCUCAUUCAUCCUGUACAGUGCGUUCCGUAUCUUAUCGCAAUGGGAACCGACUUGGAACCCACAAUGAGGAAUAAAGCUGAUCAACAGCUGGUGGAGAUUGACAAGAAAUACACGGGAUUCAUUCACAUGAAGGCUGUGGCGGGGAUGAAGAUGUCCUAUCAGGUGCAGCAAGCCAUCGUGGAUUCAAAGGACGCAGUAAUCAGGGGUUUCCGCCAGGAUGAGACAAACGCGGCUCUUUGCUCUCACCUCUACACCAUGGUGCGCGGAAACAGACAACACCGCAGGGCUUUCCUCAUCUCACUACUCAACCUGUUUGAUGACAACACGAAGUCAGAUGUGAACACGCUGCUGUAUAUCGCAGACAAUCUCGCCUGCUUCCCAUAUCAGAGUCAGGAAGAGCCGCUGUUCAUCAUGCACCAUGUAGACAUCACACUAUCUGUGUCCGGCAGCAACCUGCUGCAGUCCUUCAAAGAGUCUUUGCUAAAAGAGCCUAGACCACGGGAAAAGAAGAAAAAAAGAGGGAAAAAAUAUGGCUCUGAGGAAGAGGAUGAGAGUAGCAGAGGAAGCAGCAGUGAUAGCGAUAGCAGCGAUGAUGUCAUCCGUCGGCCCAAGAAAUCCAGACGAUCCGCUGCAGUGAACUCUGACUCAGAUUCAGACCUCGACUUGGAGGAUGUGGACAAGGUCAUGCAACGUCUACCUGACAACCCCGAGCCCUUAUUGGAUUUUGCCAACGCCUCUCAGGGCAUCUUGCUGCUCCUCAUGCUCAAGCAGCACCUUAAGAACCUCUACGGCUUCUCUGACAGUAAAAUUCAGAAGUACUCGCCUACGGAGUCUGCAAAGGUUUAUGAUAAGGCUGUAAACAGGAAGGGCAAUGUGCAUUUCAACCCACGGCAGACACUGGACUACCUAUCGAACAACCUGACCAAUGCAGAUCUUACUUACGAUGUCAAGAGGAGAGUCGUCAGACAGUAUUUAGAUUUUAAGGUACUAAUGGAGCAUUUGGACCCAGAUGAGGAAGAUGAGGAAGGGGACGCUUCAGCCAGUCUCCACGCCAGAAAUAAAGCCAUCAAUGCUCUACUAGGAGGCUCCAGUCCCAAGAAUAAUGCUGCUGACUCGUACGACGACGAUAGUGAUGCGGACGAAAAGGCUCCUGGGUCGUCACGGAAAUCCAGAAGAGGCGGAGAUUCCGCAGAGGCAUCAGGUCACAUGAACGAAACGGUAGAAGCCAAGGACGUCAUCGCUAUCCGCUGCCCCAAGUACAAGGACCGGCCGCAGAUAGCGCGCGUUAUUCAGAAGACAAGCACAGGCUACAGCAUUCGCUGGAUGGCCGGAUCGUACUCCGGCACCUGGGCAGAGGCCAAGAAACGCAACGGACGUAAACUGGUGCCUUGGGUGGACACUAUAAAGGAGUCUGACAUUAUUUACAAGAAAAUUGCCUUGACGAGCGCACACAAACUGUCCAACAAAGUAGUGCAGACUUUACGUUCACUGUACGCAGCCAAGGAAGGAACUUCCAGCUAAUUAAAUCUGUAAUAACUCUGGAACUGUUACACCCAACAGACUCUCAGCAGCCAAACUUCAUCAGGAUUUAACGUUUUGUAAACUUAAGUCGCAGAGAAAAGAGUACUACAGACUCACAGGUUUUAAGAUCCAAGGCAGGAACUGGUCGAACUAAAGAACGCCGAUUUUAAAAGUGUGGUCUGUUUGGAAAUGUAGAUGUGAUUCCUGUACAUCUUUUAAGUUAAAUGGAAAAGAAAGAAACGGAGCUCCUUCGCUGUUGUGCAGCAACUUGGUUGUUUGAAUUUUUUCCCCCCUCCACUGUAUCAUAGUUUAACACAAAACAGAAACAAAAAAUGUUUAUAUCUCUGACGAAAAAAAAAACUGUUUAAAGAAAUAAACCUAAAGUGAAUGUUGGAAAUUAGUCUGUUGAUGUUCUUAAUAAAGUGACCUUGGAGUUUAACCUAGCACCGGAUGGAUUUCUUUAGCUUAGCUCAGUUUCCAGGGAAAUAAACUUUGAAACAUCUCCUCUGCUUUAUGUUCUACUUCUUUUGUGCUGUAAAAUGGAGUCUCCUGGACAUAAUUUAUUCAGUUGAAAGCAGAGCAUGCAGUAUCUGUCGCCUACAUGAAGGGAGGGUUUUUUGUAAAUGUAGAUUUUGAUGUAUUGGGUCAGGGUUUGGGUCUCUACACCCCACAGCGGGACAAGGGACCCCCAGCAUGUGUGGAGGAGCAAAUACUGCAAUAAAUUUUUUACUUCUCUUUGU